UCGCGGCGGCGAGUCGGGAGAGUGUCCGGGAGUCGGACUCGCAGGGUUCGGCACUGCUUCGCCCCCCCUCCCGCCCCACGCCAGACCCUGCGGGCAGGAUGCCGCGCUCCUUCCUCGUCAAGAAGCAUUUCUCGGCCAGCAAGAAGCCCAACUACAGCGAGCUGGAGAGCCAAACCGUGAUCAUCUCCCCGUUUUUGUAUGAGAAGUACUCCCUGUCUGUCCCCCAGCCAGAACUUCUGAGCGCCACCCCUUACUACCCUCCGCUUGUAUGGGACACGGGGCUGCUCUCCAAUUUCUUCACUUCGGAGCAGGAGUACCAGAAGACCCCUGCUUCUUCCCCCAGCCCAGACUCCAAACCUCUGGACCUGACCUCCCUGUCCAGCGAAGAAGAGGAUGGCAAGACCACCUCCGACCCUCCCAGCCCAGUCUCCUCUGCCACUGAGGCUGAGAAAUUCCACUGCAGCCAGUGCAGCAAAUCCUACUCCACCUUUGCAGGCCUUUCUAAGCACAGACAAUUGCACUGUGACUCCCAGACCAGGAAAUCUUUCAGCUGCAAGUACUGUGAGAAGGAAUACGUCAGCUUGGGAGCCCUCAAGAUGCACAUCCGAAGCCAUACCCUGCCGUGCGUGUGCAAGAUCUGCGGCAAAGCUUUCUCCAGGCCGUGGCUGCUGCAGGGCCACAUCAGAACGCACACUGGUGAGAAACCUUUCUCUUGCACACACUGCAACAGAGCUUUUGCCGACCGGUCAAACCUCCGUGCUCACCUGCAGACCCAUUCCGACGUGAAGAAGUACCAGUGCAAAACCUGCUCCCGGACUUUCUCCCGCAUGUCCCUUCUCCACAAACACGAAGAAACGGGCUGCACUGGAACCCGCUAAGAACUCACCAAAGGCCACACGACUCCUGUGCUCAUCCAUGUAUUGUAACUAGUUUCCGUAGAAUGUAGUUUUCUAUUGAGCUGCCGGGGCAGUGUUAUCAGACUGUUGUUUUCAGCUGCUGCAGGCCUUAAAGAAACAUCCACACCUCUUAGUUCUUUGUCCUCAAGUUAAAUUUGUUUCUAGAGCCCGAAUUCCCCUGGCUGUGGCCGAAGUCUUCUUGCCUUGAGCACGGGUGGGGUCACACUGCAGGUGCUGCCCAAAUGAGAGCAUGCCACUCUUCCAUAUGAAUUGAAUUCUCGGAACCUGCAAUAAACAAGCAGAUCUCUCUGCUGGGGCAACAUCUAGUCUACUCUGGCAUUCCUUCUCCAAAAAGGGGGACAAGCAGAUACCCCUAAGUGCUCAAAAGCAAAACAUGCAAGUGAGGCUCAUUCCUGUUUCUCUCCAGCAUCUGGUAUUCUGGGGUAUACUGCCUCUGAAGGUGAAGGUUCCAUUUGGCUCUCAGCCUUUGAGCAUCCUCUCCUCUCUGUGUUACCAAACCUGCCUUUUAAAAGCCAUUGAGGCGAACAGCUGUCUUUGCGUUCUGUUCUUGAUUUAUAAGUGUAGGAAUGUCUUUAUGUGCACAGCACCUGGCGGGAUUAAGCUUUGCACCUAGCUGUCCUGAAAUCACACAGUAUUUUUGUAUUUGGGUUGGGGGGGGGGAGGGCAGAAGGAAAUACCCCGAACUGAUGUGCCUAUAAAUGAAGGACAAAAGUAUUAGAACAGAAACACCAACCUCGAUUCUUUCCCCUCCUCUCUCUUUCCAGCAUUGUAUAUACACCGCCUAUAGAAGGUGUAACUAUGCAGUAAUACAGUAUUGCAUUAACUCUGGGGCAGCUGCUUUUCCAACCAGCACAAUGACGAUUAGCAAUGCCUCCCAAGAUUAACAAUGUCUAUAGAAGGCAUUGGGGGUAGCUGUUUCAAACAAGCCCUCCUGUUUACAGAGCCGCUCUGCACUCAAGCACCUGUUAAUAUGACUUUCAACAACUGCCUUUUUCUUUCCUUCCCCCACAAGAGAACUGUGACUAAUAGCUGGCACUUGUCAAGCGAUACAAUAGCAGCCUGUGUCAGAGAGGGCUGCCCAUUGACAGGUGUGUGCCAAAAGAGCUAUUUACGGCUAUUGACAGGUGCCUCCCGAAUGCAUCUUUUCUUUUUUGUACAUUGUUUCCACACCAUAAACAACAAGAAAAAGGGUAUGUUUACAUUUCAAAGGUACACUGGUAUUUAUAUAUUUUUGUGCCAUGAUUUUAUACUGAUUAAAAAAACAUUUUUAUAUAUAAUUAUAUACGAUUUAUUGAUAUUCAAUAAAGUGGUUAAUUUAUAA